AUGUCGAGUCGAUUUUUCCACGGUGGCGAUAGCGACAGUGACACCAGCUCUUCUGACGAGGAGCUUUACAGUGAGCACGAGGAGGAUGAGCAAUCGGAGGAAGAGGAGUCCAGCGAGGAAGACGUUACAGAGGAUGAUUCUUCCGAGGAUGACACCAGUGAAGAUGAGGAUCGGCCUAAAAAAACCGGUGCCAACAUUUUCUUGAAGGAUGAUAGCGACGACACCGAUGAGAGCGAGGAUGAAGACCGAGUGACUAUUGUCAAAAGUGCCAAAGAUAAGCGACUAGAGGAGUUGGAAGGCACUGUGAAGCUCAUUGAGAAUGCCGAGAAAAUCGGUGACUGGGCAGUUAUUUCAACUGAAUUCGAUAAGCUCAACCGACAAGUCCUCAAAAUUGCCCAAUCCGGACCUACUCCAAAAGUCUAUAUCAAAGCUAUAGCCGAUCUCGAAGACUAUAUGAAUGAGACCAUUGCAAAACAAAAGACAACGGGGAAGAAGAUGAACGCAAGCAAUACCAAGGGUCUUAAUGCUGUCAGACAGCGCAUUAAGAAAAAUAACAAGGACUAUGCCUCCGAGAUUGACAAGUAUCGCAAUGAUAAAGACGGCUAUAUGGAGGCUGUUGAAACCCCGGAGGUUAAAGUUGAAAAGACAUCUCGGACUCGUGUUGCAACCUCUCUUGAUGCGCUCACUGUUGAAGAUGAUGAGGGAUUUGCCACUGUCGGCCGUCAUGGAAAGACACUACAGUAUACAGCUGAAAGUAUUCUUAAACAUCUACGCAUCAUCGUCGAAUCCCGAGGCAAGAAGAACACCGACCGUCUAGAGCAAAUCCGCACCAUGGAGAAACUGCUCGAGGUCGCUCAGACUCCCUAUCAGCGAAUCCGGGUAUAUCUCACUCUUAUUGCCACUCGUUUCGAUCUCACAUCCUCUACCGCAAACCACAUGAGCCCCGAACAAUGGAAACUCGCUGGUGCAGAGUUUUCUAGCCUUCUCUCUGUCUUGGAGGAAAACCGCAACCAUAUUGUUGCCGAGGGUGCUGAAGAAUGGGAGGAUGACGAGAAACAACCCCAGGUUGCAGAGGGAGAAGUUCUACGCAUUCCUGGAAGCAUUGUGUCAUUUGUCGAGCGCCUGGACGACGAGCUUACUCGUUCCCUUCAGCACAUCGACCCACAUACUGCUGAAUAUAUCGAGCGACUUGGUGAUGAACAGACACUAUACACAGCUCUCAUCCGAGCACAAUUAUAUGUCGAAGAACUUGGCAAGACUGACAAGAGCGAGCCAAGGCAGGACAGUCUUAACCGAGUAGUUAUCAGGCGGUUGGAGCACGUAUACUUCAAGCCUUCUCAAGUCGUUUCGAUUCUGGAGGACGCUACUUGGAAGGCCAUCCCUUCUGCAUUGGAAUCUUCCAUCACUUCUCGCAAUGCCACUACAGAUGCCUCCGCUCUAGUCCAAACUCUGUGCAACUAUUUGUUCAAAUAUAGCGAUGGUAUCAUCCGGGCUCGCGCAAUGCUUUGCCAGAUCUAUUUCUUGGCUCUCCACGAAAACUACUACCGUGCUCGUGAUCUCAUGCUCAUGUCUCAUCUGUCAGAGAAUAUUGCCAACUUUGACGUGAGCACACAGAUUCUGUUCAACAGGACUCUCGUCCAGAUUGGUCUCUGUGCUUUCCGCGCUGGCUUGAUCUACGAGGCUCAGAAUACGCUGUCCGAAAUUUGCGGAAGUGGACGUCAGAAAGAACUCCUCGCCCAGGGUAUCAUUCUUCAGCGAUACUCCACAGUCUCUCCGGAGCAAGAGAAACUUGAGCGACAGCGUCAACUGCCAUUCCAUAUGCACAUCAACUUGGAACUUCUAGAAUGCAUCUAUCUCACUUCCAGCAUGUUCUUAGAAGUUCCCCUCAUGGCACAGACCUCUUCUAGCCCUGAGAUGAAGCGCCGUGUUAUCUCCAAAACAUUCCGCCGUAUGCUCGACUACAAUGAACGCCAAGUAUUCACAGGUCCACCUGAGAACACGCGAGACGGUGUGAUCAUGAGUGCCAAGUUCUUGGCCGGCGGAGACUGGAAAAAGGCCACCGAAUUGCUGAAUUCGAUCAAGAUUUGGGAUUUGAUGGCCCAGCCUGACAAGAUCAAGGAGAUGCUUGCGGGACAAAUUCAAGAGGAAGGCUUACGUACCUACCUCUUCACCUACGCACCUUUCUACGACACACUCUCAAUCUCCACACUUGCCAACAUGUUUGAGCUCUCCGAGAAAAAGAUCGUUUCAAUUGUCAGCCGUAUGAUCUCUCACGAUGAGCUCGCAGCCGCUCUUGAUCAAGUGAAUGAUGCCAUCGUCUUCACCAAGGGCGUUGAGCUGUCUCGUCUGCAAUCCCAGAUUGUGACUCUCGCUGAUAAAUCCAUGUCUCUUCUCGAAACCAACGAAAAGACUCUGGAGCAGCGCACACAAGGCAUGGCAAAUGCUUUCCAGAGGGAUCAAGGCCCUGGUGCUCGUGGUGGCCGAGGCGGUGGACGAGGGGGCCAAGCCCGCGGAGGACCAAGACUGCCCGGCGGUCAACAGCGACGUCCAGGUGGUCAACAAUUCAGCGGCGGUGCAUUGGGCGGUGCUAUCAAGGCAUAG